AUGCAGAGAGCUGCUGUAUUUCUGCUGCUGACAGCUCUGUUGGCCAGUGGACAGGAAUUACUCUGGGAAAAUGCCUAUGAUCAGCCACUAGACUUUACCUGCCCUCCAUGACAGUCCAUCUCGUACAUAAAGAGCCAACAUCACAAUCAUCAUGAGGACCGGAUGUGGGAGUUUGGCUGUAAAGACACCUUUAGCUCUGCUGCAGACUGUUUUCUCUCACCGUAUGUCAAUGACUUCGACCAAGCGUUCACCUAUGAGUGUCCAGCACACCACUUCAUGUCAGGAAUGAGCAGCUACCACAGCAACAAACAUGAGGACAGAAGGUGGCAGUUUUACUGCUGUAGAGGUAUUGGCCACUGCAUUGCUGAAUGUGAAUGGACCACUUAUGUGAACUGGUUUGAUGAAUACUUUCACUGGACUGUGCCAAACCAGAACUACCUGGCGGGUGCUGAAAGCUAUCACGAGAAUAAACAUGAAGACCGCCGCUGGAAGUACAAGUAUUGUGCGAAAGUGCAAUGCUGAGACUCUCGCAAAUUCCCUCAAAUUCAACUACAAUAAAUCUGAGUUGCAUAUCAGAAUAA